AAAUCAGUUCAAAUUCUUUCUUUUUUUAUGAUUAAAUUAUAAAUUGAUUUGUGCUAUAUGUUAAAACUUUCGUGUAAUUAAUUCAUGAUAGAUGCAUAUUUAUAAGAAAAACAUGAAGUUUCACUCCUAAGUUUUAAUAAACGACUGUGCAUGGUACAUCAGCUUUUGUGGUCAACCAGUGGUCAUUGGUGGUCGAACAGGUGGAUGUUAGAUACGUCAAGUUAAUCGUAAGAGUAUCAGAACAGAGGUUUGCUGUGGACCAUCGUGUGAAGCUGUUAACUUUUAAAAUGGGCAACGUAAAUUUCGCCAUCGGAGUAUACAUACUUCUGGUGUUCUCAUUGCUAAUAGAAACAGGAUAUAGCAUCAGGUGUUAUCGGUGUAACAGCACCAGCACCACAUACCCUUUUCAGUGCAAUGAGUUUCUAAAGAGCGAUGUGGAUCUUCAGCCGGAAUCAUGCAACGACGUUUAUGGGGCGCAAUAUUGUGUCAAGCACAUAGGCCGUUUCGAGGGUGGCAUCGGUACAAAGCGAUUUUGUUCGUCCGCGCACCUGGGGAACUACUGCGACUACGUUAAGCAGCCGGGCGACAAGUUGACCUAUCGCACCUGUGUGUACACAUGUUCCACCGACGGAUGCAAUUCGGCAAAGUCCUUCGUGCCGAGCACUGUAUACACGUGGAUCAUGCCAAUGGCUUUAUUAGUGAUCUGGACGAAACUGUUUCACAGCCGAAUGGUUCAAGAUCUCUGAGAGUCUGACGAAUUCAUUGUUCAUUAUUAUGAAUGCAUUUUUCACCCUCGCCUUUCUCUGAGCUCCGUCCAAAUAACAAAUCGAAUUUCGAUCACAAUUGUUGAUCGCUCAGCCAAUGGCAUUUCCAGAGUGUUCAUCGCAAAACGUAACGCUUAGAUAAAAGCAAUGUCUUGUAACAAUUUAUUGUCAGAUUUUUAUUUUUACUGCCAAAUAAGAUUUGGCAGAUUUCUUUUAACGAUUUAUGAUUUCAAUCCUCUCAGCAUAUACGCAUAAUUUUGUAGCUAAAUUUAUCAAACGGUUUAUGAAUGUGAGAUAUCAAUCAUAAGGAAACAGAAAUUUAAUUAGAAUAGAUUUUCUUCGAAAUUUUGUAUUCAGAAUUGCUUUACGGCACCACAACGAGAGGCUCUUACUUCUGAAUUGUUGAUACUCGUUUUAUCGAUAUUUGCACGAGGAUAAGUCAGAAAAUGAAGGAAAAUUUUCAAUCGAUUGGAGAAUCAAAAAAGUUCUUUUUCCUUUUUGACUUUUUCUCGUGAAAUUCGAGUCAUACUUUUAUAUUUUGACAAAUAGUUAUUUCCACAAUCGAUCGCAUCAAGUCAUUCAAAGAGCAAAUGUUUUAUAAUUUUCUAAUAUUUUUUUAUUACUUGAUUAGAGAUUAAGAUAUAUCUCAUAAUUGUUAGAGCAAUAGAAUACAUUUGUAUAUUUUACAUAUCUAGAUUUUAGAUAAUAAUAUGUACUGAAGUGAAAUAUAUCCGUCCAUUUGAUAUCCGUCUGAGUAGAAAAUGCUAAAAAGAAUGAACAUGAUCAUUUGAUGUAUCAGAUAAGUAUAAUAUGCUGUAUUCUUGUUGCGCAAUGAUGCAACAAUCGGAAUUAAAUUGAUUAUUACUUAUGAAUUCCGGAACACAAAAUAUAUUUUUGCACUUUAAUAUAAGUAAUAAAGCAACACCGAUGUGA